GCCCGCUGGCGGGAGGCGCGGCCGGAAGAGGAAGCCGCAGCGAUGAAGUUUCGAGCAAAGAUCGUGGACGUCGCUUGUUUGAACCAUUUCACCCGUAUAGUGAACACAAUCUCGAAACUCACAAAAUCAUGUAUUCUGAGGCUUACUUCUGACAAACUUUUCUUCAUCUUGUCUGACAAAGUUGCGAGUGGAGGCGUUGCUAUGUGGUGUCAGCUAUUUCAGGGUAAUUUUUUUGAUGAGUUCCAGAUUGAAGGAGUUUCAGCAGAGUAUAAUGAAAUUUAUCUGGAACUAACACCUGAAAAUUUCUCGAGGUCCUUGAAAACUUCCCAGAAUGCUAAAGCUGUGAAAAUAAAACUGACCAUGAAGCACUGUCCAUGUAUUACCAUUGCUGUAGAACUGCCAUCGCUCUCGAGCCACACUCGGAUUGUUACACAUGACAUUCCUGUUAGCAUUAUCCCCAGAAAGCUGUGGAAUGAUUUUGAAGAACCCAGUGUUCCCGAUUUUGAUGUCAGUAUUUAUCUCCCAGUAUUGAAGACCAUGAAGAGUGUUGUGGAAAGAAUGAAGAACCUUUCUAACCAUAUUGUAAUUGAAGCCAAUCAGAAUGGGGAAAUGAAUUUGAAAAUAGACACUGAAUUGGUGUCUGUCACAACACAUUUUAAAGAACUUGGGAAUCCUCCUUGGGUUGAAGAUGGAACCCAAUCUGAUUCUUUUCAAAGAAGAGAUCCAACAAAUAUGGCUAAAGCAAGGGUCGACAUAAAGAGGCUUCUGCAAUUUCUUGCUGGGCAGCAGGUCAAUCCAAGCAAGGCUAUAUGUAAUAUAGUGAAUAAAAAAGUUAUACAUUUUGUUUUACUACACGAGGAUGUCUCCCUUCAGUACUUUAUACCAGCUCUUGUAUGAAAAGUUUCCUUUCAACAUUGAACUGUCUUGUGGACUCCCGUGGAAUUAUCAUCCUUGCUUGAAAACCGUGAGCAACCUUUUAAGAAGAUGAACCCCCUAGUUGAGAAUUGGUGCUAACAUUUGAAAUUUUAUAUAAACCUUUUACGCUUUAAAUCUUGGAAAGGUUAUUGCAAGAUAAAAAAAAACCCUGAUUAAGUUUCAGACUCGUGAACAAAAAUAUGACUCUUCGGCAAGAAAGAAAAAUGUCUCAUUGGCUGUAGAUGUUCAAAAGCUGCUUAAGUUGAAGCUACAUUUAUUUGUUAUCUAUUUAUCAUCCUGUUCGAAUCUUGUUUCAAAGUGAAAGAAUAAGUUUUAAAGGUCUGUGUUUUCUUCUUGCUGAUAAAUUGUGGAAUGCUCUCUUUCCGUUCCAGGAUAACAAAGUGAAUAUGUCUGCCAUAUUGUGCCUUCUCCAGUCUUUAACUUUGGAUCCCAUUGUGAACUGUUGGCUGCUGAAAUAUGUUUUCUGGUUCAGUUUCUGGUUCAAAUUUGUGUGCUAGUAUUUCGGCAGUGACACCUCCAAUUUUCUGCAUCUUCUUUGUUUUCAUAUUCACUUUGUUUCACAUUUUCUGCUCCUUAUCUUCCAGCAAUAAAAGUGAUGCAAAAUUUGCCUUUCA